GAAUAAUCUUUGGAGGCGGAAGUGUAUCGGAAAACGAACUCCCCCCCUACAGUAUAACUUAGAGCUUGUUCCCUUGGUAACAACAGUUGUGUACAGUGAUACCAUAUUCUGUGCCUCUGUUCGUAGGGCGUUGGUGUUAAUAAUUCGCUUGCAACACUUCUUGUUACGCAUAACGAAUACUGAGAUAGUGCCUUAAAAUAGUCCACGACCGCCUCUUCCUUGUGUACAGGCGGGAUGCCGGCAGAACCACAGAAUGGAAUGCCUUCGAGGAAGCAGUUAAAGUACGAUAUGGUGAAAAUUGAUGGCAGACUAAAAGAAGUUAUUCAUUUAGAGAAGCUGACACGGAAACAAUGGGAGAAGAAGUGGGGAUUUCUAAGAAAUAUAAUGCAGAUGUAUCAUGAUGAAAUAAAAGCCGAAGGCGUCGAGCUGAAGAAAGAACAGUCUCAUCCCAGGCUGGUUUCGGAAAUGAAGGCCCCUCCUUCGCCUCCUGUCCCUACCACCAGCUCAGGUUUCAUCGGCUGGCGCUCCUCCAUCGCAGAGUAUUCACUGGAGAGGAUUGGUCCACUCUACGUGUCUCCAAAACUAACUACAGAACUCCCAGAAAGUUAUUCGCCCACGAAGCAAAUAAAUAUAUUUAUAGGAUAA